AUUUUUUCCGGUCGUGUAUUUUCAAAUUUUAGCGAUCUCGAGCCGGUUUCUCAAACUUACAUACCCUACCUAUUCACCCAUUAGGAUAAGCAUUUCCACCUGUCACCUGUCUGCAAUCAAGCUCUCUCACCUGAUUUGAAUUAUCAACUAAUUACAACCUACGAUCAGGAUCCUCACAUGACAGGAAAGCUCAGUCCUCAGCCACAUGGAACAAAAUGUGAGUUCAAAGUCACUUUUUACAUUCAUUUAUGGAAAGGUGUUCUGGUAAUUCUGCUGUGUUCUUAACAAAAACUAUAAAUGGGGGGACAGAGGCCACGUUUGGAGACCAUAGAGGAAGAUUCAUGGCAGGAAGAUGAAACCGAAGGAAGCAAAAGUGGAGAAGAAGAGGAGGAUUUCCAAAUUCAAGUGGACACAAAAGAGGUGAUGGUAGAUGAAGAGAGCGAAGAAGAUGAAGAUGAACUGAGGGUUCAGAGACCUAGGCGACUGUCUGGUUCCCUCCGCCAAGCAAGUUAUCUCCAAAACCAAUCUACCAACAAGGAUCCGGAGGAAAUGGAGAAUUCCUCUGAUUUAGAUCGGAGCACACAAGCCCUGGAUUUAUGUGAUGAAGCUACAACACAACAGCCAAAAAGGUUCCUAAAUCAGAAGUGGUCCAUGAGCAAGUUGUUGAGAAUAGAGGUAUCCAAGGUUAAAUGGCCAAAACACACACCACCUAAACAGUCAGUGCAAAUGAAGAGAACUAGGAAGAGAGUCAAGAAGAAGCAGGGGUUUCCUAAGUGGCUGGUGGACUUGAUGAUCAACAUUGAAGAGGCAACCACCCACCAGCUGGUGGUCGAGUAACGCUCACAGUCACACUUUCAUUUUUGUUAUUAUCAAAAAAUGUGUUUUAAAGGUAAAAAUAAUUUGGCAUACUAACAAGCGUUGGACAUCAUGUUUCUGCAUGAUGAUGAGAAACGUGUUAUUUUUUAGUCAAAAUCAUAUUUUGUUCUUGAGUUGUAUGGCUCUCUUUUUUUGAUUACCUCUUUGGCAAGUGUGUCUCUAGUUAUAUUUACUUUAUUAAAAUGAUGUUUCAUGAUGUAGAAACAGCAAACUAACUACCAGUCAUUUUGAUAUCUGCACACAUCACAUUUGAGAACGGCUGUCACCCAAUUUAAGUAAAAGAUACAAAAAAUUGUGUUUUUAAAAAACAAAACAAAAUGUAAAAACACUCCUGCAUUAAAAUGUCUA